UUACUAGAAAAAUGCACGAAUAAUAACCGAAUAAUUCUGCUAGAUCUAAUUUUCAAAUAUAUUUCAGUUAGUAUAUUGUGGUUUCGUCAUCUAGCACGAACUCGUUUCUCAGCACACAGUUAAUUCACGUGAAGAUGAGGAAAAACAAAGGGAAAACCAACACAAUAGAAAAGGAGUUUAUGUUUGAAUUUACGGCAGGAAAAAAUCACUGUGUCCUCAAAGUACCACUUCAGUUCCCUCUCAUAGAAAAUGUCAAUGAUCUUCAUGGGAGGAUCAUGCUGCUUCAUAAAAUCCCCUGUUUUGUAGAAAAUGACUUGAAAAGCAGCCUGGUUAGUUUCAUAGAGAGGGAAACGUUAGUGGAUUAUGACCGGGAGGCAGAAGCAGCCCUGCAGAGACUCACUAACGGAGAGGUCGACAUAAACAGACUUACAAAUUCAUGGGCCAAGGCCUAUUCUGAGACUACACUGGAACAUGCCCGUCCUGAAGAACACAGCUGGGACGAGGAUUUUGCAGGUGUUUAUCAUGAACUGAUCCACUCCCCGGCCUCAGAGACUCUUCUCAACCUGGAGCACAGUUACUUUGUUAGUGUUUCUGAGCUCAUCAGCGAGAGAGACGUGGAGCUCAAGAAACUUCAGGAGAGACAGGCUGUAGAGAUGGACAAAGUGAUGCAGGAGCUGGGAAAGAGCUUGUGUGACCAGGAUGUGAACACUGUGGCUGCCCAACACUUCGAUGCACAGCAAGUGCUGGAGAACAAGUGGGCCAGUGAACUGAAGCAAGUCACAGGUAUCCAGAAACAUGAGUAUCAGGAAUGGGUGAUGAAGCUCCACCGGGACCUACAGAACCCCAACAACAGUACAAUUAACGAGGAGAUCAAGGUGCAGCCGGGUCAGCUGGGGGAGGCAGGGGAAGCGGGGGCACGGCUCUUCGAGGAGCAGCGACAGCUGGAGGAGAGCUUCACUAUCCACUUAGGGGCUCAGCUGAAGACCAUGCACAAUCUGCGUCUGGUGCGAUCUGAUGUUCUGGACUUCUGUAAGCACCGUCGUCACAGCAGCAGUGGGGUGAAGUUACGGCGACUGCAGACCGCUCUCUCGCUGUACUCCACAUCCCUCUGCGGCCUGGUGCUGCUGGUCGACAACAGAGUCAACUCGUACAGCGGCAUCAAGAGAGACUUUGCAACAGUGUCUCAGGAGUGCACAGAUUUCCACUUCCCCAGAGUGGAUGAGCAGCUGGACAUCAUCCAGCAGGUGGUGCUGUACGCUCGAGCUCAGCGCAGCAGCAAGCAGAGAGAGCAGCCCGAGAUGCCAAGAAAUGGAGGAAGUGAAGACAAAAAUAAGAUCAUGGACAGAAAUUCCUCCAAUAUCGUGCCAGGUGAAUUCUACAUCACACGCCAUUCAAACCUGUCUGAGGUUCAUAUUGUGUUCCACCUCUGUGUGGAUGAUAAUGUGCGUUCGGGAAACAUCACAGCCCGGGACCCAGCCAUCAUGGGCCUGAGGAACAUCCUGAAGGUCUGCUGCACCCAUGACAUCACCACCAUCACCAUCCCACUGCUGCUGGUGCAUGACAUGUCGGAGGAGAUGACCAUUCCCUGGUGUCUGAAACGAGCUGAGCUGGUCUUCAAGUGUGUGAAAGGUUUUAUGAUGGAAAUGGCCUCCUGGGAUGGAGGAAUCUCACGGACCGUCCAGUUCCUUGUUCCACAGAGUAUCUCAGAGGAGAUGUUCUACCAGCUGAGCAACAUGCUGCCUCAGAUCUUCAGAGUCUCCUCGACGCUCACGCUAACGUCAAAACGCUAAACAAGCCACACACACCGACACAUCUGCCCUUGUAGCUGGCAAUAUGAGGACAUCUUGUCACUUUAGGUUCUUAAUUUUCAGAGAAGUACAAACCGUGAGCUGUUUUGAUGUGCACUGUCAUGUGAUCCUGCCACAGGAGGCUUAGUACUAUGUCCUGAUUAUUUCAGUCAUGAAUUUUCACUGGAACUCGCAGAUUUGUACAUUCCACAUCAAAGAACACAUUAAAUAUGAAAGGGAAGUGUUCAGAGUUUUAGCUGUUGUCAUACUGCGAGUGCUGUUUACCUAACGCUUCAUGGGAAACAGGUAAUGCCAAGACAAGCUGUGUGUUUGUGCUGCAUUGCAGUCAACCACCUUUGGCCCCUCGUGUCAUCAUUCCUCUCCACAAACACCAGGUGGCGCUGUAUUCGGUAGCUUUCACAUGUAGUGUAAGGUAACCAAAGCUGCUGAUUCCAAAUGUCAAAUGAAACCAACCUUCCUAGCUUUCUAAGUGUUUUACCAUGUGUUUGUAUAUUAGGUGCCAGUUAAACCCUGGCAUGUGUGCAGUUAUAUUUGAACUGUGUAAUCUUUAGAAAGUGGGGCAUUUGAAAACAGUAUCAAAUCUUUAAUAGGCUCAUUGAUCAGGCUAGUAAGAAAACUUUGUCAAGGUUUUUUGUUUAAGCCUUUACAACAAUAACAACAAAACAAAAAUCUACAUAUUAAAUAAUGCCUGUUAAGUGUUUUGUUGGAUUCCUCCUAAUGAGGAUAUUAGCAUACGAAGUAGCAAAGUAGGGCUAAUCAGAGUUAAAGCAUUUGCAUCUAGAUUAGCCUUUUGUCCAAAACUACUGUCAUGCUAAUUAUAUGUUGAAAUUCACUUUAUCAAAUUAAUUUGAAAUGUAUUGAUAAAAUGAGUUUAGUUUACUGCAGGUCUGCUGCAUCAUAAUAUAUAUAUAUAUAUAUAUGUGUGUGGGUGUGUGUAACACCAUAAUUUUGGAUUUAUUAAAAAUGUAUUGUUGUAGGAUUUUAUAAUCAACUUUGAAUUUUAUCAUUAUUCGCUUUUUUCUAUAAUUUCAGCUGUUCUACUCUACUUUUUGUUGCGUCCAUUGUAUAUGUUUUGGCCAAUGUUUUUUUAACAACUCACUGUACAUAUAUAUUCCUUUGAUAUGAUAGAUGUAUUUUGGAGUGGAUCAUACCUGAUCACACAGGUCACUAAAGGGCAGCAAAAGUGUUAGAUUGUGCUGCUGUCCAUAGCAAAGUGAACUCGAGCUGUCCCUAAUGGCUCUGCAGUCUCGCUGUCAUUGGCGCUCAACUCAGAGAGCUGGUGUGAAGGAAAUGUGUCCCCAAAUGUCUCACAUUCUUGGUAUCAGUUAGUGGCGAAAUCUGGUCUCUGGUUACCUCAGUCUGGGGUAGGGGUCGGGGACAUAGGUGCGGGCCCCUCUAGCACAACCACCUCUCUCUCCUUCACUUGCUGUUUUAAUGUCACAGCCCUGCUCUUCAGCCAUCUGAGCCCUUACCAUCCAACAACUGUGCCUGACAGAGCACUGCUUAUUCAGCCGGGCCGAAACAUUGAACACACUCCCAGAUGGACUGCCUUCUCCUGUUUGUGUGAUGAGUGUAGGAUGUGUUCGUUUUUAAUUAGAGCUUAUCAUCUGCACACUGUCUACAUGUGUUUCCUUUACACAAAAGGGUAGAAUCAAUAAUUGGAAAGUGUAUUCUCCUGGUAAUUAUGUUGUCAAAAGAAGCUGACACUCAGUUUAAUAACAUAGUUUUCUGCGAUGUGUCAUUUGAACAGUAGUAUAAGCCAGACCCAGACAUUCCUCAUGGGAUCUGAUAGUGGCACGGACUGUUCUGUUAAGUAUGCAUGUCUGCCGUAACAGCUCCUCCUCUCAGAGACCAACACAAAGACAGCACAACAAAAAUAUUCUUAUCUAAAUGUAGCUUUGUUACAGUGUUCUAGCUGGUUAUAGGGUCUAGAUAGACAGAAUACUUUUGACAUUGAUUUCAGUAAGAUCAUAAACUGGGGUUUGUGAAAGAACUGCAGGACUUUCAAGAGUGUAAUGAGAAGCUAAUAAUAAUAAUAAAAAAAAUGAAUAAAUGAAUAAACAUUUG